AUGGAAGAGACGGCUGAUCGGCCGUCAUUGUUGAAGAAAGACCCAGCGACCAGGGGCCAGUUCCACUACCUCAAUCACUCGGUACCUACAUGUACCAUGAGGGCGAUCUUGGCUUGCCUCGUCUACCCCGUGAGCUCCUGCGGUUAUGCCGUCUGGGUUGGUACAAUUAGUGAGCUACAGAAGCAGGAGGAGGAGGAGGAGGAGGAGGAGGAGGAGGAGGUGGUGGUGGUGGAUCUUACGCCAUCUGGAUGGAGAGAGGGUGGAGGUCAGUUGGACUGGAGCACUGGUCAUUGGUAUGCUGUUGGAUGUCCGCGAGGCUGGAAGGCAGGGCAAAACCGAUGA